AAGGAUAAAAAAAUAAGAACAAAAGGAAGAAACAACAAAUAUUGUGUAUGGAAGGAAGCAAUGAAACAUGCGUUUACAAGAACAAAGACGCGCCAGUGGAGGCGCGUGUAAAGGACCUUCUCUCUCGCAUGACUCUGCCGGAAAAGAUCGGCCAGAUGACUCAGAUCGAACGCGUCGUCACUACUCCUCCUGUCAUUACAGAUAACUUCAUCGGUAGUGUAUUGAACGGUGGAGGAAGUUGGCCGUUCGAGGACGCUAAGACGUCGGAUUGGGCUGAUAUGAUCGACGGUUACCAAAACGCAGCGUUAGCGUCGCGUUUGGGAAUCCCGAUCAUCUAUGGCAUUGACGCCGUCCACGGUAACAACAACGUCUACGGAGCCACUAUCUUUCCCCACAACAUCGGCCUCGGAGCCACCAGAGACGCAGAUUUGAUAAGAAGAGUCGGGGCAGCAACAGCACUUGAAGUAAGAGCUUGUGGCGCUCAUUGGGCGUUUGCUCCAUGCGUGGCCGCUUUGAGAGAUCCGAGAUGGGGGAGAUCCUAUGAGAGUUACAGUGAAGAUCCUGACAUUAUUUGUGAGUUGAGUUCGCUUGUCUCGGGCCUACAAGGCGAGCCACCUAAAGAACAUCCUAAUGGUUACCCUUUUCUUGCAGGAAGAAACAACGUGGUCGCAUGUGCUAAGCAUUUUGUUGGAGAUGGUGGUACCGAUAAGGGCAUAAACGAAGGGAACACUAUUGUGUCAUACGAAGAGUUGGAGAAAAUACAUCUUGCACCAUAUCUGAAUUGUCUUGCUCAAGGAGUCUCUACAGUUAUGGCCUCUUACUCCAGUUGGAACGGAAGUAAACUCCAUUCUGACUAUUUCCUCUUAACCGAACUUCUCAAACAGAAACUCGGUUUUAAGGGAUUUGUCAUUUCAGACUGGGAAGCUUUGGAACGGCUAAGCGAGCCAUUCGGUUCAAACUACCGCAACUGCGUCAAAAUCUCAGUUAAUGCUGGAGUUGACAUGGUGAUGGUGCCUUUCAAGUAUGAACAGUUUAUAAAGGACCUCACAGAUUUGGUGGAGUCAGGGGAAGUAACUAUGUCUCGGAUUGAUGAUGCUGUUGAGAGAAUACUCAGGGUGAAGUUUGUUGCGGGUCUUUUCGAACAUCCUCUCACGGACCGGUCUUUAUUGGGUACCGUUGGCUGCAAGGAGCAUAGAGAACUAGCGCGUGAAUCGGUUAGAAAGUCGUUAGUUCUGCUAAAGAACGGGACAAAUUCUGAGAAGCCAUUUCUGCCACUAGAUCGCAAUGUCAAGAGAAUUCUAGUCACUGGGACACACGCAGACGAUCUUGGAUAUCAGUGCGGGGGAUGGACAAAGGCAUGGUUUGGUCUAAGCGGCAGGAUCACAAUCGGUAAUUAAAGCGACUCCAAUCAAAGAGACUAGUAGAUGUUGUUAGUAAAUUAUUAUCAAAACGUAUCUGUGUUGGUCUGAACUUGCAGGGACAACGCUUUUGGACGCCAUUAAAGAAGCAGUUGGAGACAAGACCGAAGUGAUCUACGAGAAGACUCCUUCAGAAGAAACUUUAGCCUCGUUACAACGCUUCUCCUACGCCAUUGUUGCAGUGGGGGAAACUCCCUACGCAGAGACAUUGGGAGAUAACUCGGAACUCACAAUACCAUUAAACGGUAACGACAUUGUAACUGCAUUAGCAGAGAAAAUCCCGACUCUAGUGGUCUUGUUCUCAGGACGGCCUUUGGUUCUUGAGCCGCUGGUUCUUGAAAAGGCUGAGGCUCUGGUCGCUGCUUGGCUUCCUGGAACGGAAGGGCAAGGGAUGACUGAUGUCAUAUUUGGAGAUUAUGACUUUGAGGGGAAGUUACCAGUGAGCUGGUUCAAACGCGUUGACCAGUUGCCGUUAACCGCUGAUGCUAAUUCAUAUGAUCCAUUGUUUCCUCUUGGUUUUGGUCUCAACUACAAUUCCAGUGAGAAUGUGUGAAAGUGUGAUAUUUGAUAUUCAGAGUAACGCUUGGACUAGUGUGCAUAUGAAUAAGUACUUGGUCUUGUGUCUUCAUAAUUAAAAAAAAAAACUCAAAGAAAACCAAAAUCUAAUAACAUCAUUUGCUCA